AUGUUCCUCAACUCUACACUGCACGGAGGGUGCAUAGCUCCUUUCUACGACGCUUCCCUUUUCCCAUCAGGUGGUGGCUAUAUCGGUGGCCGUCUUUGUUCUGUGCAGAGCCAGGAUCCGAAUUCACCAUUAUGUUGUCUACCUUGUCCAGCAUCAUACUGGGCGUACUCGGACAACUUUGAAACGCUUGGUACUGUCGCAGGUUGGCUCAACGUAGUUGGCCUAGCACUCCAGAGCUUCAUGCUCAUUUCGAACUUCUUGCUCCCCACAGCACGGACGCGAAGUCAUUAUCUUACACAAUGCCUGAUCAUUGCCGUCAUGUUCAUCAAUCUUGCAUUUGUGAUACCAUUGGGAGCAGCGCCUGAUCAGUGUUACGACGGAAUCACACCAAACGACAUGUAUACCUCGAUGACGUGCGCAUGGUCCGGAGCAUUCCUGCUAGCUGGAGCACUUGCUGGUACCUUCUGGAUCUUCAUUCGAUCUUUCUCGAUGCAUCUUACCGUUGUCUGGGAUAUCGUCCCCGGUCCGCGUUUCUUCUACAUCUCACAAGCAGUUGGCUGGGGAGUACCAGCAGCACUCUUCACGUCCGCUACCAGCAUAUCGGGGGUCUCUUUUCGCUUCGGCAAUGCGUGCCACAUCAACCAUGAUGACUCAAUGGUGACAUUCUGGGGAUGGCUACUUGCCGUCGCAGGAGCAGCCUCAAUCGUUCAAAUCAGCACCUUUGGUUACUGCCUUCGUGUCUUCUUCGAUAGUCUUUGGGAAGACAGCGCAAGACCUAGCUCGCAGGGAUCUGCAAAGAGUCUGCCAAUGUCAAUGAUGAGCGCCAAAUCUCAGAGAGCACGCGUGAUCUAUCGCAGAUUGAAGAGUGUACUUUAUCUGCAAUGGCGUGGUAUGCUGAUUGUCACCAUCGUACUCGUCGACGUCAUCUUCUUCGCCGUCGUCUUUGUGUAUCUUGACAAGAUCGAGGAAUCGGUGCUACAUGAUUAUUCACGAGUACUUCCAUGGGUCAUAUGCCUGAUCCAAAGUGGAGGCGACCGAGAUGCCUGCAUACACUUGAGUCAGGGAUGGCUAAUCAGCGAGCCGACUAUUGGAGCCAUGUUGAUCAUGAUCUCGCUUUUAGGCAUCGAACUGUUUGUGCUCUUGUUCCGCUGGUCGUUGAUCACGGGAUGGAAAGAGCGAUGGGCUACGCUGAGGAAGCCGCAAGAGUUUGUAUCAUUCGAUGCGCGAAGGGCACAGUCAAGUCCUAAUCCGCCGACAUACGAGUUGCGUAAAUUGGGAGGUCGCAUGCAGAUGCACUACAGCGACCGCAAAAGCUCCGAUCCAGAAUUCGCGCGACCAACAUCGCCUACCAACAUGCUAGACGAUAUGAUAUCGACGCCGAAUAGUCCUGCCCCAGUAUACACGCAAAGACAGCGAAACGAAGAUGAAGAGGUCUCGCCCAUUACACCGCUCGAGCAGUCAGGGCUAAGCACACCGCCACUUGCACGCAACUUUUCAAGCCCGAGGAUACGCACGCACGAUCGAAUGGGCUGGGAUGCGUCGAGCACUUUCGCCAACAGCGGUGCCAGGCAUAUGACUACCCCUUCGUUACCGCCGCCGGUCGACCAUGAUGAGCGACCACUUUCACCGCCCGGACAGGCACUUUGA